AUGAAGCUGGUUAUAGUUCUGGGUUUGUGUGUGGCAGUUGCCUUGGCCGCGCCCUCACCAGGGCAACAACAACAGCAGCAACAACAACAACAGUUCGAACAGCAACAGAACCGUAGACGCCUUCAAAGCCUCAGCUUGAAAGUAGUCGACGACCGAGAUGACGAUGAUGACCAGAGGAAUCAACAACGGCGCGACGACGACGACGAGCAGCAAGACCGACGCGACCGGAGGGAUCGUCGCGACCGAAGAGACCGGGACGACGACGACCGUCGCGAACGCGAUCAAGAUCGACGCGACGACGACAGGUAUUACGAUCGACAAGACGACGACCGACGCGACGACGACCGACGCGACGACGACCGACGGCUACGCAGCCAAGACCGUCGGGAGCAGGAGCAGCGACGAGAGCAGAGGCGGCGUGACGAGGACGACGAUGAUGAUGAUGAUGAUCAGGCGUUGAGGGUAAGUCUAAUUGUAUACGCUUGGUUCGAAUUUCAUCACCAACAGCCUUUUACAGUCCACUGCUGGACUAUGAGCCUCCUCCACUAUAGUGGAGAGUUUUGCCAUAAUCGCCACGCUUGA